AUGAUCUUUUAUCACGUUCAUGACCAAAACAAGAAUUUGAGACCCUUUGAAAAAGACUUCUCCGUUACAAUUCCGAGAUGUGUAUCUUCAGUAGUGUUGGAUACCAUGGCAGGAAGAGGAGGUUUGAUGACUUCUGGAGGAGGAGGCUCUGGGUCGGCAGGAGACCCAAGCAACCAGCCCAUGGACCUGGCACAGAAGACAGUCGCCAGGUCUCUAGAGUCGGGAGGCAUAGUCAAGAGCGGAGGAACCACUGUUGUCCACUACACAACGGGGGUUCAGCAGAUUCUCGCCACGAGUGGAACCACAGCACAUGUGGUCACUGCCAAGUCUAUUGGCAGGACAGAGAGUAUGGGUGUGGCGGGCCAGACAGUGACUCUCGUGUCACGCCCUUCUGCCCCCCCAUCAGCUCUCAACCUGGCGUCACAGGGCCCAGGGGGAGGAGGUGGUGGCCCUUCAUUGAGGACUGUGUCGCACGCCCCAGGUGGAACCACCACAAGCACUGUGGUCACUUCAGCGUCCACCUACCACAUCCCACGUGGAGCAGCUGCUGUGGCCAACAUCGCAGCACCUAGGUCCCAGACAGUGGCCACACCUAUCAUGAGGACCUCAGCACAGCCCAUUGGCCAACCAGGCUCUAAUGUUCCUGGGCCGAGAGGAAGUGUGGUAGGUCAACGAUUGGUACCAGCUUCCACGAAUGGAGGCUGGAUUCGAAACACACCUUCCCCAGCACACACGGGCAAGGUCACAGGACUGUCCAUGCACCCUGGGGUCACAGCACCCAAUGUCAGUCUGGGUGUCCAGAGGCCGUCGAUGCCCAUGCCUCGUCUAGGGCCAGGUGGUGGGGCCAUAACAACGUACCACACAGGAGUGCGGCCAGGCAUUGUCUCCAGUGGUUCUAUCAGAGGGCAGGCAGACUAUGCGAGGAUGGUCACACGGAGGGUGCCAAGGGCACAGGGCCCAAGGCGGUGCACAUCACACAGCCCAUUGGGCCACAGGUGGGUUGGGUUAGCUGAUUGA